AUGAAAAGCUCACACGCAAUAUUACGAAUACUCUCCCAAUCGCCAAUAUCAUACAUAUGCAGCAAUUGCCUCUCCCGCACGCUGUCUCUCGCCACCAAAACCACUCGCCUCUACUCAACGUCAACAUCCAGUCCUCCGUCCAAACCUCCCCCUUCCAAACCUCCCCCAUCAGCAGCCUACGCCCACCUCUCGAACCGCCGCCUUAUCGCCCUCACCGGCCCAGACUCAACACACUACCUCCAAGGCGUCAUCACAGCGAACCUCUCCCCGAACGCCCCGCGCACGAGCGGGUUCUACGCCGCGUUCCUGAACGCGAGUGGGCGGCUCCUGAAUGACGUCUUCGUAUACCCUUACGUUGAUGGAGGCGGAGGCAAGUAUGGAGCGGAAGGAGGAGGAGGCUGGCUGAUCGAGGUUGAUGCUAAAGAAGUGGAUGUGCUGGCUAAGCAUAUCAGGCGCUACAGGCUGAGGAGUCGGUUCGAGGUUCGGGUGCUGGAGGUGGGGGAGCGGGGGGUGUGGAGUCUAUGGGCAGACGGCAAUCACGAUAGCAAUGGUAAUAGUGACGGCGAUUUUAAUGGUAAUGGCAGGAACUGGACGAAGGGUGUUAUCGGAUGCGAGGACUCUCGCGCCCCGGGCAUGGGGAGGAGAGUGCUGCUUCCUGGCGAUCGGAAGCCGGAGGCUGACCGCGAGGAAUGCACCGAGGAGGUCUACAGGCUGAGGCGGUAUCUGAAGGGUGUGCCGGAGGGCCAGGACGAACUGGUGAGGGAGCAGGCCCUGCCACAGGAGAGCAAUGUCGAUUAUAUGGGUGGGAUUGACUAUAGGAAGGGGUGUUACGUUGGUCAGGAGCUCACGAUACGUACCCAUCAUCGCGGGGUAGUGAGGAAACGGAUCUUGCCUGUGAUGAUAUACGGGGUUGACGAGAAGGAGCCGGAGGUGCUGCAGUAUUUGGGUGGUGGAGGGGGGCUGUGGGGGGCUGAGAGUAUUCCGCGGGAGACAGGAAUUGGGAGGUGGGAGAAGAAGGGGAGGAGCGCGGGGAAGUUCCUGGUCGGUCUGGGGAAUGUAGGGUUAGGACUCUGUAGGCUGGAGACCAUGACGGAUGUGCAGUUGGCGCAGGGCGAGGGUAUUUCUAAGGGGGAGGGGGAUGAGUUUAAGCUUGAGUGGGAGCAGGAGGGGGAGGGAAGGGUAGUCAAGGUUAAAGCGUUUGUGCCAACAUGGCAUUUGGCGAGGAGUAACUAG